AUUUUGAAAUUUUUUAAAAGUUUUUGUUUAAAGUUAUUGUAGAAUGGAUUUGGUUAUAUUUUGUUUUACUAAAAUUAUGAAAAAUUGAAAAUCAAAUUAAAUUUAUUUUUAGAAAAGAAAUCAUAGUUGCGAAAAGGUAUAAAAGAUCUAUUGAUACAACAUUCCCAAGUAAGUUGACUUUAUACUAAGGUAGAGAUUACAUUGCACAGAGAAGCUUCUGUAACGCAAAAGAAAUUUUUAUUAAUUUAAAAUAAUAUUUUUAAGAAAACAACAUGUUCAAAUCUAUUGCAUUUUUAACAAUUUUAUUUGUUGCUGUACAAUCACGUCCAGCUGAUGAUCCAUCAUCUGUAUCAAUUGUACGUUCUGAAUCAGUAUAUCAACCAGAUGGUUCUUAUAAAUUCUCAUAUGAAACAUCUGAUGGUGCUAUACGUGAAGAAAGUGGUAUACCAAAAAAUGUUGGACAAGAAGAUCAAUUUGUUGCUGUUACCGGUAUGUACAAAUAUAUAGAUGCUGAUGGACAACCAAUUGAAGUACAUUAUACAGCUGAUGAACAUGGUUUUGUACCAGUUGGUUCAAAUAUACCAGAAGCAAUUGUUAGAGCAGCUAAAUCUGCAUCAGAAGCUCAUUAA